AUGUCCUUGAUCGGACUCAUCACCAGCACCAACAUCCUUCUUCGAGCAGGACUGGAUAGUGAUCACCGCACUCGCUUCCUUAGUUACACAAAAUUUCUCUUUAAAAACAAUCAAGUAAUCUUGAAUUGCAGGAAACUUGUUUUUCGGAUCGAGGACCAAAUUUUCAAAAACUUUUACCAUUUUAAGUUACAAGCUUGCCAACUGUUAUCUCAUUUAGAUUUUAUAGUGAUUUCAAUUCCACCGGAGGAAAUUGUAUAAGCAUUACUGAAGGCCUUAAAACAAAUUUGGCUCUUAUUUCUCGUUACCGUAUAUCCCAUUCCUGAUUUUUUAUGUUCAAGUACAAUUGAUUUUGUAUCUAAAAUCAAGAUUAUAGAUAAUAUUUCAGAAGAAGUUUCUUUAAACAAGAUUGAUUGGAUAUUCGGGUGCGAUGUCUUUUUAUCAGUCCAUCCAUAUGACUAAACACUAGCAAUUGCUAAUGCCACUCUGCUACUUAUCGUUGGCUUCGCACUUUUUGGUUGUGAAGAUGAUAGUUUCGAUUCUCUUUGGAUUAUCUUUGGGACUUUUAUUGCUGACUCAGGAAAUCAUGCGAACUCGGAAGGUAUUGGUCCCAGGCUGGUUUCUGUUUCCAUUAAGGCUUUUGGGAUCACUACUGAACCAGCUUGCCAUAAGCCCAAUGAGCAGUUUUGGGCUGGAGGCAAUGUGUCAGUCUCAAGGGGCCCGGCAAUAAUUGUCCUUGCAGAUGAUGGGAAUGCUGACCAUGGUAGACUUAGAAGUGAUGCUCGUGCGUUAAGAACAGUCUUAAGUUUAACAGGAAGUAAAAGAAGGGUUGAGAGGGCACAUUGUGUUAACUUAGUGACCUUGAACAACGAGGUCCUUGUAAAAACUUGUUUGGUUGGAGAUCUUGUUAAAACUGUGGUAGCUCAUGAUGCUUAUUGGCCGCGUUGAUGAUUCAAUGUUGCUCGGCAACCAGGACUUGCACAGAUAAUGGAACCAUCCUUAGGCUUUGAAAAUUGCGAGUUUUACAUCAAAAGAUGGCCACAAUGAUGGUUGCUGCAAUUUGAAGAUGUAUUAAUCAGUUUUCCUGAUGCCAUAGCCUUGUGGGUCACAGGUUGCAUCUUGUGGUGUAAGAUUAUGCUGAAUCCUGAUGACUCAUAUGUUCUGCAAGAAGCCGAUGAAGUGCUUGUUUAUUAGCAGAAGAUGAUGAAUACAUUAGCAUCAGCUACAUUACCUACGGUGCUUUCAUUCUCUUAA